UAAUACGUACACACAGACAUCCACAUCCAUCCCGUCCACUUUACUUUCCUCCUAGAAAUUCUUCAACCAUAAACCACAUUUCUUCGUCUCCGUCAUCCCUCAUCUGUACAAUACUUCCCGCUAUCACUACACUCGCGUCAAGUUAAUCAUUACUGGCGUCUCCACGAGUGCUUUCCUCAAUUUACUCUCUUCGUCUACAUAAUCAAUCCCUGGAGGUAACUUCUGCUAAUUUAGCACCUAACACCUUCCUUUCUACAUUCUACCCCUUUCCUAUCACGAUCGUUCAACCUUUCCCCCAGAUUUGUUUCUUAUACCAUUGUGCGCAUCGUAGACAAUCUUUGCUUAGCUGGUACUCGCCUCACCUUUUCUGGGAUCCGUUAUUCAGCUUUCAAUAAUCGUCCUUUCGAUACCGCGUUUGCGCUUAACGAUUAUUGACACUGAUUAACCGAUGUAAUCGUGCAUCAUGGCUCCGUUACCUAUUAAGUUCCAGGAGCUACUGACGCUCGGUAAUGUCGGUGUUGAUCAAACUGCAGUUGGAUUCAAUUCUUGUACCCUAGAAUCCGAUUCGUUUAUCUGCAUACGAGAGAAGAAAGGCGACGCACAACCUGAAGUGAUCAUCGUUGAUCUCAAGCAAGGCAACAAUGUUACACGUCGUCCCAUUAAGGCCGACAGUGCCAUCAUGCACUGGACUAAACAGAUCAUCGCUCUUCGCGCACAAUCACGAACGUUGCAGAUCUUCGACCUCGAGAAGAAGGCGAAAUUGAAGUCUGCUACUAUGAAUGAAGAUGUCGUUUUCUGGAAGUGGGUCAGUGAAUCGACCUUGGGUUUGGUCACAGAGACUUCGGUCUUCCACUGGGAUAUAUUAGACAAUUCUCAACCUGCUCCCGUGGAAGUGUUCAAGCGCAACGCAAACCUAAAUGGCUGUCAAAUCAUCAACUACCGAAUUAACAGUGACGGCAAAUGGAUGGCAGUUGUUGGUAUCUCCCAGCAGGGCGGUCGCGUGGUUGGUAGUCUACAACUGUACUCCAAGGAUCGAGGCAUCAGCCAAGCGAUCGAAGGCCAUGCCGCCACAUUCGGUACACUUCGAAUAGAAGGCGAACCGGCAGAUACCAAGGUCUUCUCUUUCGCUGUCCGUACAGCCACAGGCGCCAAACUUCACAUCGUCGAGAUCGACCACCCGGAAGGAAACCGGCCUUUCCAGAAGAAGGCUGUUGAUAUCUUCUUCCCUCCCGAAGCCACAAACGAUUUCCCUGUCGCUAUGCAGGUUUCACAAAAGUACGGUAUUGUUUACAUGGUAACAAAGUACGGCUUCAUCCACCUCUACGACUUAGAGACUGGCACAACCAUCUUCAUGAAUCGAAUUUCUAGCGAGACGAUCUUCACCACGUGUCCCGAUUCUGACUCUACUGGCAUUCUUGGUAUCAACAGGAAGGGUCAAGUACUCUUUGUGUCAGUUGACGAAUCGAACAUGGUUGAUUACCUUCUCCAAAACCCAGCAAACACAGAGAUUGCUAUCAAGAUGGCCUCUCGCGCUGGUCUUCCUGGUGCAGACCAACUCUAUGUCCGCCAAUUUGAUCAGCUAUUCAAUAAUGGCGAUUUUGAUGGUGCUGCCAGGGUUGCUGCUAACUCUCCGCGAGGCUUCUUGCGCACUACAGAGACGAUUAACAAAUUCAAGAAUCUCCCAACACCCGCUGGCAAGAUGUCCUACAUUCUACAGUAUUUUGGUAUGCUUCUCGAUAAGACCACCCCCCUCAACAAGACUGAAACCCUCGAACUUGCUGUACCUGUCCUGUCACAAAACCGCAAGCAUCUCCUCGAGAAGUGGGCUAAAGAAGGAAAACUGGACUUUUCUGAAGAGUUGGGCGAUCUGAUUCGAUCGCAUGAUCCUAACCUAGCAUUGGCUGUCUAUAUGAAAGCUAACGCUGCUCACAAGGUGGUGGCUUCUUUUGCCGAGCUUGGCCAGUUCGAGAAGAUUUUGCCUUACUGUGACACGACUGGUUACCAACCUGAUUGGAUUACACUAUUGCAGCACAUUGUUCGCACAAACCCGGAACGUGGUGCGGAGUUUGCAAAUACGUUAGCUGGUCACCAAGGCGGUUCUUUGGUCGAUAUCGAGCGCGUUGUCGACGUCUUCCAGUCGCAAGGUAUGGUUCAACAAGCCACUGCUUUCCUUCUGGAGGCCUUGAAAGAGAACAACCCUGAAUAUGGCCAUUUGCAAACGAGGCUUCUCGAGAUGAACUUGAUGAACGCUCCGCAGGUGGCGGACGCAAUCUUGGGUAACAACCUGUUCUCUCAUUUCGACAAGGCCCGAAUCGCGAGCUUGUGCGAACAGACUGGGUUGUAUCAAAAGGCGUUGGAACUCUAUGAGGACCCUGCAGCUGUCAAGCGAGUUAUUGUUGGUAUCCCCGGCACUGCAGGCUUCAACGCAGAUUGGCUAGUCAACUAUUUCGGCCAACUAUCGGUGGAGCAGUCUCUGGAAUGCCUCGAUGCAAUGAUGAAGGCCAACAUUCGCCAGAACCUUCAAUCUGUUGUCCAAGUUGCCACCAAGUAUUCUGAGUUGCUUGGUCCUACCAACUUGAUCGACCUUUUCGAGAAGUAUAAGACCCACGAGGGUCUCUUCUUCUAUCUUGGCAGUAUCGUCAAUCUAUCUCAGGACCCAGAUGUUCACUUCAAGUAUAUUGAAGCCGCUACCAGAAUGGGUCAGUUCGCCGAGGUAGAGAGGAUCUGCCGAGAUAGCAACUACUACAACCCAGAGAAGGUAAAGAACUUCUUGAAGGAGGCUAAGCUUGCCGAGAUGCUUCCACUUAUCAUCGUCUGCGAUCGACACAAUUUCGUCCACGACUUGAUUUUGUACCUCUAUCAAAACCAACGCUUCAAUGCAAUUGAGGUUUACGUACAACGAGUCAACCCUGGCAGGACCCCUGAAGUUAUUGGUGGGCUGCUUGAUGUGGACUGCGACGAAUCGGUCAUUAAGAACCUCCUUACUACCAUCAGUCCUGCUUCGAUUCCUAUCGAUGCACUUGUCCAUGAGGUGGAGACACGUAACCGCUUGAAGCUACUGCUUCCUUUCCUCGAGGCUACUCUAGCCGCUGGCAACCAGCAACCAGCAGUCUUCAACGCUCUUGCUAAGAUUUACAUUGAUUCAAAUAACAACCCAGAGAGGUUCCUGCGGGACAAUGAUCAAUAUGACACCCUUAGUGUGGGCAAGUAUUGCGAAAAGAGAGAUCCUAACUUGGCUUUUAUCGCGUAUCAGAAGGGUCAGAAUGAUCUGGAGUUGAUUAACAUCACGAACGAAAACUCCAUGUAUCGCGCCCAAGCCCGCUAUGUCCUAGAACGUUCUGAUCGAGAGCUAUGGAUGUUUGUCCUGAGUGAGAACAACAUUCAUCGAAGAUCAGUCAUCGAUCAGGUUGUCGCGACAGCCGUUCCUGAAUGCAACGACCCGGCAAAGGUAUCGGAGGCUGUUGCAUCCUUAUUGGCGGCUGAUCUUCCAGGUGAACUCAUCGAGCUCUUGGAGAAGAUUGUACUUGAGCCUUCGCCCUUCAACGACAAUCCUAGUCUACAAAACUUGCUCAUCCUUACUGCGGCCAAAUCAGACAAGGGUAGAGUUAUGGACUAUAUCCAUCGUCUGGAUGCAUUCAAUCCCGAUGAAUGUGCGCAGCUAUGUAUCGACGUGGGACUUCAUGAAGAGGCCUUCGAGAUUUACAAGAAGGUUGGAAAUAAGACAGCGGCUGUUGAAGUCUUAGUCGAGCAUGUUGUCAGUAUUGACCGCGCGAGCGCAUUUGCGGAAGACGUCGACAUUCCUGAGGUCUGGAGCCGAGUUGCCAAGGCUCAGCUUGAUGGUUUACGAGUGGCAGAUGCGAUUGAAUCAUACAUUAGGGCUGGUGACCCUCGCAACUACUCCGAGGUUAUUGAGGUUGCAACUCACGCCGGAAAGGACGAAGAAUUGGUCAAGUAUCUCCGUAUGGCACGCAAGACUCUUCGUGAGCCUCCCAUUGACACUGCCAUUGCUUUCUGUUAUGCUCGACUUGAUCAGCUAGGAGAGUUGGAGGACUUCCUCCGCGGUACGAACGUUGCCAACAUUGAAGAGUCCGGUGACAAGGCUGCUGAAGAAGGGUUCCACCAGGCCGCCAAGAUCUUCUACAGCAGUAUCUCAAACUGGUCUAAACUCGCUACCACGCUCGUUCAUCUUGAAGAUUACCAAGCAGCUGUUGAAUGUGCGCGCAAGGCCAACAACAUUCGCGUUUGGAACCAAGUCCAUGGUGCAUGUGUAUCUAAGAAGGAGUUCCGACUUGCCAAGAUAUGCGGUCUCAAUCUGAUCGUCGAUGCCGAACAGCUGCAAGCUCUGGUCAAGCAGUACGAAUCCGAAGGCUACUUCGACGAGCUUAUCGACCUCCUCGAGCAAGGACUCGGCCUCGAACGUGCCCAUAUGGGAAUGUUCACCGAAUUGGGCAUUGCACUAUCGAAGUACCACCCUGAGCGUCUGAUGGAGCAUAUCAAGCUUUUCUGGAGCCGAAUGAACUUGCCUAAGUUGAUCCGUGCUUGCGAGGAUGCUAACCUCUGGCCCGAGUUGGUGUUCUGCUACUACCACUAUGACGAGUUUGACAACGCUGCACUGGCUGUGAUGGAGCGUGCACAGAACUCGUGGGAGCACCAACAGUUCAAGGACAUCGUUGUCAAGGUUGCUAACCUGGAGAUUUAUUACCGCGCCAUUAACUUCUAUCUAGAGCAACACCCCUCGCUCUUGACCGAUCUUCUCCAGGUUCUUACCCCCCGUAUUGAUGUGAAUCGCGUCGUUCGUAUGUUCCAGAAGUCCGACAACCUACCCUUAAUCAAACCCUUCUUGCUCAAUGUUCAGAGCCAGAAUAAGCGGACUGUGAACGAUGCCAUCAACGAUCUGCUGAUCGAGGAAGAAGACUACAAGACUCUGCGAGAUUCGGCAGAGAACUACGAUAAUUACGACGCUGUCGAGCUCGCUUCUCGUUUGGAGAAGCACGAUCUUGUCUUCUUCCGACAGAUCGCCGCUAACAUCUAUCGUAAGACUAAGCGAUGGGAGAAGUCUAUUGCUUUGUCAAAGCAAGACAAGUUGUACAAGGAUGCCAUUGAAACGGCUGCUAUCUCUGCCAAGUCCGAGGUUGUUGAGGAGCUACUCCGUUACUUCGUCGAUAUUGGCAGCCGCGAGUGCUAUGUAGGAAUGCUCUACUCAUGCUAUGACCUUAUCCGCCCCGACACAGUCCUUGAGCUAUCGUGGCGUCAUGGUCUUAACGACUUCACCAUGCCGUACAUGAUCAAUCUGUUAUGCCAACAGACUAAAGAGAUCGCAACGCUUAAGGCCGAUAACGAAGAACGAAAGGCCAAGGAAACCGCCCAGGAGAAGCACGAAGAUCAGACCCCUAUCCUUGGAGGCAACCGCCUCAUGAUCACUGCCGGCCCCGCUGCUACCGGCGGACGGAUGUCCCCCGCUCCCUUCGGUCAAACUAAUGGUUUUCCAACUACAACCACGGGUUACAAUUUCUAGAAGGCAUCGCAACGGGUUGAGAGAUUCUCACGCCAGUCUUAGGAUUCCGUUUGGCCGUCGGUUAGUAUCCCCGCGAUACCCAUAAGGCCCUGGCCGUCUCAUUGGGAGCGCUUCGUUUGAUGGGACCACCAAGUUCAUCAUGAUUAUGGGUGGGGUGGAUAUUUGGGGAGUUCGUCGUAGAAAAAGUUCAUUGAGGAUUUUGCGAUAAUGUGUUCGUGUAAUGGUUUCGGUCAAGGCCGAGACCAGUGAAGUUUACUGCACAAAACAACUAAGGUGGAUAUUCCGGUCUCAUCUCGAGCAUGUGGGAUAUCUGGUUACGGCGAGCUUGUAGGCCCUGCUUGCUUGCUUGCUGUAUUUGUAUGAUAGUACAGACCUUUUUACCGGUCUGAAGUUGGCAGGCUAUGGCUAAUGACUUAAGCAUAUUGUGAGAAAUAAACCUGCAUCGUGUGACUCGUUCCUGGCAUGCUUAUCAAGCUUGUUUAAAC